AUGAACUUCCUCGUUCUUCCCAAUGUAACGGUUAAUCUGCCAACUGCUACAAUGCGCACGGAGGGUUGGUCGAUACCCCCAGGAAUCAAACUGGCAGAUCCCGCUUUCUUCGAGUCCAGCAGGGUGGACUUGGUGCUCGGUAUCGAAUCCUUCUUCGAUUUCUUCGAAACCGGUCAAAGGAUCAACCUAGGCAACCAAUUGCCGACGCUGAACGAAUCGGUUUUCGGAUGGGUAGUGUGUGGAGGUUUAUCCAAUUCUCAUCAGGAUCUGCACAUUACCUGCAACGCUUCAGCAACAGAGAAACUGGAAUCUCUGGUUGCCCGGUUCUGGUCUAGCGAAGAGGUUGGAUCGGUGAAGGUGCUCUCGCUGGAGGAAAAACGAUGUGAGAACCUAUUCCAAAAUACAGUCCUACGGAAUCCUGAUGGAAGGUAUACGGUCACACUCCCAAAGGAAGAAGGCGCUAUUCAACGGUUGGGUGAAUCCAAGGACAUUGCAAUCCGGCGUCUUCAAGGUACGGAGCGACGGCUGGCAAAGAAUUCCAACCUACACAAGAGCUACCACGAGUUUAUGGCGGAAUAUGAGUCGUUGGGACACAUGGAAAAGGUCACCGGCGCGGCCUCAAUGACAAUACGGCGGUGCUUUUUACCCCAUCAUCCCGUUUUCAAGGAGGACAGUACUACUACUAAGGUCAGAGUGGUGUUCGAUGCCUCUUGCUCAACUUCAUCAGGCGUAUCGCUGAACGACGUGUUAUUGACUGGACCAGUAAUACAGGAUGAUCUGAGAGCGAUCAUAAUACGUAGCCGUACCAAGCAAAUUAUGCUUGUUUCUGAUGUCGAGAAGAUGUUCCGGCAGAUUUGGGUACACCCGGAGGAUAGGCCUCUGCAGUGUAUCUUGUGGCGCUCCAAUCCUCAGGACGACACCAGCGUGUAUGAGCUCAAGACCGUUACGUACGGUACCAAACCGGCGCCGUAUUUAGCCACACGAACCCUAAAGCAACUAGCGGUGGAUGAAGAAACGGUCUACCCCCUCGGAUCACGUGCGAUCAGCGAGGACACAUACAUGGACGAUGUUAUCACGGGAGCAAACACGGUGGAAGAAGCUUGCGAAUUGCAGAAACAGCUGAUCGAAAUGACGGAAAAGGGUGGUUUCAGACUCAGGAAGUGGGCAUCCAACAAUCCAAAGGUCUUGGAGGGACUUCCUGAAAACAGUUUAGCGAUUCGGGAGGGGGACAGUAUCAACUUGGACCCGGAUCCGUCCGUCAAAACGCUCGGGCUUAUCUGGAUGCCGAAGAGUGAUCAACUGAAGUUCAACUUCAACAUCCCAUCGGAGCGACCAAGUCAGAAGUUCAGUAAAAGAGAGGUACUCUCGGUUAUAGCUACGCUAUUUGAUCCCUUAGGAUUGCUCGGAGCAGCAAUCACAACUGCAAAGAUUGUGAUGCAGUUGCUGUGGAGAUAUCGAGACGAAGACGAUCGUGCGCUGGACUGGGACCAGCCAAUACCCUCGACGGUGGGUGAGAUGUGGAGGAAGUUACUUGGACAGCUUCCUAUAUUAAACGAAGUCAAGAUUGACCGCUGCGUCAUCGUUCCCGUUUCGGUUUCCACGGAGAUUCAUUGCUUUUCGGAUGCCUCCGAGAAGGCGUAUGGAUGUUGCAUUUACGCUUUACCAACAACUUGGAAUGCGUACGUCGCCAACCGAGUGUCGAGGAUCCAGACGCUCACACAUCCGGAACAGUGGAGACAUGUUCCAGGAAUUGAAAAUCCGGCCGAUCUUAUCUCUAGGGGUAUCAUGCCACAGGACAUUGUCCACAAUCGUUUCUGGUGGUGUGGGCCACGAUGGCUGAAGGAGGAACCAAGAUAUUGGCCAGAACUACCGGAGCAAUUGAGUGCAACUGAAGCAGAGAAGGAGAAGAGACGCUCUACCGUCGCAUGUACUAGCGGCCCAGCCGAGGAGUUUAACGGGUGGUAUCUAGAACGAUCCUCGUCGUACACCGAACUUGUAAGACGAACGGCGUAUUGGUUACGGUACUUAAAGUUGCUGCGUACACAACGAGAACUGCGGAAUCCACCGAAGUUUCUCACAACAGCUGACCGUGAGAGUAGUGUCCAUUGGAUGGGAGAUAUAUUGAGAUGGGGUCCAUAUGAUUCUGCAGUGGUGGGUAUGCUGCUGGAGAUUGGCGAUAGUCAGUAG